CCUUUUGAAUGCUCAGAGUGUGGAAAGAGAUUCAGUCGAAGUGGUACUCUUCAACUACAUCGAAGAACCCACACAGGGGAGAAACCUUUUGAAUGCUCAGAGUGUGGAAUGAGAUUCAGUGAGAGUGGCAGUCUUAAGCGGCAUCAAAGAACCCAUACAGGGGAGAAACCUUUUGAAUGUUCAGAGUGUGGAAAGAGAUUCAGCAUGAAUGGCAAUCUUCAACGGCAUCGAAGAACCCACACAGAAGAGAAACUUUUUCAGUGCUCAGAAUGUGGAAAGAAAUUCAAUCGGAGUGGCACUCUUCAACUCCAUCAGAGAAUCCACACAGGGGAGAAACCUUUUGAAUGCUCAGAGUGUGGAAAGAGAUUCAGUCGGAGUGGCAGUCUUCAACGGCAUCGAAGAACCCACUCAGGGCAGAAACCUUUUGAAUGUUCUGAGUGUGGAAAGAGAUUCAGUCAGAGUGGCAAUCUUCAAGAGCAUCAGAGAACCCACACAGGGGAGAAACCUUUUGAAUGCUCUGAGUGUGGAAAGCGAUUCAGUUUGAGUGGCACUCUUAAAUGGCAUCAGAGAACCCACACAGGGGAGAAACCUUUUGAAUGCUCAGACUGUGGGAAGAGAUUCAAUCAGAGUGCCAGUCUUCAGGAGCAUAUAAGAACCCACACAGGGAAGAAACCGUUUGAAUGCUCAGAGUGUGGAAAGAGAUUCAGUCAGAGUGGCAAUCUUCAAGAGCAUCAGAGAACCCACACAGGGGAGAAACCUUUUGAAUGCUCAGACUGUGGAAAGAGAUUCAGUCAGAGUGGCAAUCUUCAAGAGCAUCAGAGAACCCACACAGGGGAGAAACCUUUUGAAUGCUCAGACUGUGGAAAGAGAUUCAGUCAGAGUGGCAAUCUUCAAGAGCAUCAGAGAACCCACACAGGGGAGAAACCUUUUGAAUGCUCAGACUGUGGAAAGAGAUUCAGUCAGAGUGGCAAUCUUCAAGAGCAUCAGAGAACCCACACAGGGGAGAAACCUUUUGAAUGCUCAGACUGUGGAAAGAGAUUCAGUCAGAGUGGCAAUCUUCAAGAGCAUCAGAGAACCCACACAGGGGAGAAACCUUUUGAAUGCUCAGACUGUGGAAAGAGAUUCAGUCAGAGUGGCAAUCUUCAAGAGCAUCAGAGAACCCACACAGGGGAGAAACCUUUUGAAUGCUCAGACUGUGGAAAGAGAUUCAGUCAGAGUGGCAAUCUUCAAGAGCAUCAGAGAACCCACACAGGGGAGAAACCUUUUGAAUGCUCAGACUGUGGAAAGAGAUUCAGUCAGAGUGGCAAUCUUCAAGAGCAUCAGAGAACCCACACAGGGGAGAAACCUUUUGAAUGCUCAGACUGUGGAAAGAGAUUCAGUCAGAGUGGCAAUCUUCAAGAGCAUCAGAGAACCCACACAGGGGAGAAACCUUUUGAAUGCUCAGACUGUGGAAAGAGAUUCAGUCAGAGUGGCAAUCUUCAAGAGCAUCAGAGAACCCACACAGGGGAGAAACCUUUUGAAUGCUCAGACUGUGGAAAGAGAUUCACACACAAUGGCAGUCUUCAACAGCACCAAAGAACCCACACAGGAGAGAAACCUUUUGAAUGCUCAGAGUGUGGAAAGAGAUUCAGUCGAAGAGGUGAUCUUCAACUACAUCGAAGAACCCACACAGGGGAGAAACCUUUUGAAUGCUCAGAUUGUGGAAAGAGAUUCAGUCAGAGUGGCAAUCUUCAAGAGCAUCAGAGAACCCACACAGGGGAGAAACCUUUUGAAUGCUCCGAGUGUGGAAAGAGAUUCAGUCGGAUUGCCCAUCUUCAACAGCAUCAGAGAACCCACACAGGGGAGAAACCUUUUGAAUGCUCAGAGUGUGGAAAGAGAUUCAGUCAGAGUUGCAGUCUUCAACAGCACCAAAGAACCCACACAGGGGAGAAACCUUUUGAAUGCUCAGAGUGUGGAAAGAGAUUCAGUCAGUGUGGCAGUCUUCUAAAGCAUCAAAGAACCCACACAGAGGAGAAAGCUUAUCAAUGCUCAGAGUGUGGAAAGAGAUUCAGUAGGAGUGGCAAUCUUCAGACGCACCAAAAAUCCCACACAGGGGAGAAACCUUUUGAAUGCACAGAGUGCGGAAAGAGAUUCAGUGAUAGUGGCACUCUUCAGAAGCACCAAAGAUCCCACACAGGGGAGAAACCUUUUGAAUGCUCAGAGUGUGGAAAGAGAUUCAGUCACAAUAGCAAUCUUCAAGUGCAUCAAAGAACGCACACUGGGAAGAAACCUUUUGAAUGCUCAGAGUGUGGAAAUAGAUUCAGUCAGAGUGGCAGUCUUCAGAAGCACCAAAGAACUCACACAGGGGAAAAACCUUUUGAAUGCUCAGAGUGUGGAAAGACAUUCAGUCAGAGUGGCUCUCUUCUAAAGCAUCAAAGGACCCACACGGGAGAGAAACCUUUUGAAUGCUCAGAGUGUGGAAAGAGAUUCAGUCAGAAUAGCAAUCUUCAAGUGCAUCAAAGAACGCACAUUGGGAAGAAACCUUACGAAUGCUCAGAGUGUGGAAAGAGAUUCAGUCAGAGUGGCAGUCUUCAACACCACCAAAGAACCCACACAGGGGAGAAACCUUUUGAAUGCUCAGAGUGUGGAAAGAGAUUCAGUCUGAGUGGCACUCUUCUGAAGCAUCAAAGGACCCACACAGGAGAGAAACCUUUUGAAUGUUCAGAGUGUGGAAAGAGAUUCAGUCAUAGUAGCUAUCUUCAGCUGCACCAAAGAACCCACACAGGGGAGAAACCUUUUGAAUGCUCAGAGUGUAGAAAGAGAUUCAGUCAGAGUGGCAGUCUUCAACAGCACCGAAGAACCCACACAGGGGAGAAACCUUUUGAAUGCUCUGAAUGUGGAAAGAGAUUCAGUGAUAGUGGCACUCUUCAGAUGCACCAAAGAACCCACACGGACUUCCGGGACUUCAAAGUCAUUCUUAUAGCAAAAAAAGCACGCUUUACUUUCAAGGCCAAGAAGCAAGACUCAGAGGACAGGGAGAAGCCUCCCUUCAUAGCCAAGCAAGUUAAAGGCAUGUUUUCACAGACGGAGGUGACCCAAGAGAAGGGGAAGGAGAUGGAAGCGCAGGACUCAGAAGGACCUGGAACUGACAAGAGAGCAAGGAAAAGCCCCCAUCCCAUCCAAGCGUUGAAUUCUGGUGUUGAAUUCUGGGAAAGAAUCGGGGGGCCAGAGGUCCUGCCUAAGGACACCACAACCUCAGAUGUACGUAGCCGAGGCUUCCGGGAAUUCUGCUACCACGAGGCCACUGGGCCCCGGGAGAUGUGGGGACCAUCCCUGAAGAUGGUAGCUAUACUCCCUGAGGCGGAAGGAGCUUCCUUGGAGCAAGGACAGGGGGCACAGGCUACGGAGCGUGCACAAGUUCCCUUCUCCUUUG